UAGAUAUUGUCUCUCUCUUUCUGUCUCUCUCUCCCAUCUGCUAACACAGCCAGAGGGAGGAGCCAAAUAAAAAUUUUCUUUUUGUUCUUCAAAAGCGAAGCCCCGACUCAUGCGGUUCGGAUCUGGAUUAUCAAAGAUCCGAUUCGCAUCUAUCUCUUUACUUUCCCGUCUGAUCUGAUCCAAGACGAACCUACCCGGCCUAGAAAAAUGACUCGUCGCUGCUCGCAUUGCAGCCACAACGGUCACAACUCUCGGACCUGCCCGAACCGAGGGGUCAAGCUUUUCGGAGUCCGGUUGACUGACGGGUCGAUUCGGAAGAGCGCCAGCAUGGGUAACUUAAGCCAAUACUCUGGGUCGAAUUCUGGCCCGCAUAACGGGAACGGGUCGGGUUCUCCUGGUGAGGGUCCGGAUCACGCUGACGGUUAUGCUUCUGAGGAUUUUGUCCCCGGGUCGUCUUCGAGUCGUGAAAGGAAAAAAGGUGUUCCUUGGACGGAAGAGGAGCAUAGGAUGUUUCUUCUUGGUCUGCAGAAGCUUGGGAAAGGUGAUUGGCGUGGAAUCUCACGCAAUUAUGUUAUAUCAAGGACUCCUACUCAAGUAGCUAGCCAUGCUCAAAAAUAUUUCAUCAGGCAGUCCAAUUUUUCUAGGAGGAAAAGACGUUCCAGCCUCUUUGAUAUCGUAGCAGAUGAAUCGGGCGACACUCCAAUGGUAUCACAGGAUUUGUUCUCUGCAAACCAUUCACAGGCUGAAACACAGAGCAAUGACCAGUUGCCUAUUCCUCCUCCAUUGGAUGAAGAAGAUGAAUCAAUGGAUUCCAACAACUCGAAUGAUGGGGAAACUGUUCCUCCAAAGCUGGAGAGCUCACAAUCCUGUUACCCAGUGGUAUAUCCUGCUUACUUCUCACCAUUCAUUCCAUUUUCAUUUCCAUAUUGGAUGGGUUAUAACACAGAACCAACCAAGAAGGACACACAUGAAGUACUCAAGCCAACAGCAGUACAUUCAAAGAGCCCAAUCAAUGUUGAUGAACUGGUGGGAAUGUCAAAAUUGAGCUUGGGAGAAUCUAUUGGUGAUAGUGGUCCGUCCUCUCUUUCAUUAAAACUUGAUGGUUCAUCCAGGCAGUCUGCGUUCCAUGCCAAUCCUGCUUCUGGUAAUUCAAGCAUGAAUUCAAGUGGGAGCCCAAUCCAUGCGGUUUAAGAUCAACUUUAUCUGAAAUUUAGGUCUUAGGUUAGCUCAGGGUUUAUGAGCAGUACAGGUUAUUGUUAAUAGAAGACUAAGACUAAUAAUGUGAAGUCUGGUUUGGGUUUAGUUAUAUAUUUCUUUUGUGCGAUCAACUCAAUAAGUUUGUUUUUCUGUUUUUCAGUAACUUAAUUCAAUGCUUAGCUUAGGCUGCAGCAUCUUGUUAGAAAUUAUUCGAAUCUUUUAGCAGUUUGUUGGUA